AUGGUAGUUUUAGGGGUUUUUAGUUCAUUUAUAGUUAGUUUUCCUGUGCCAAAUGAGCUGAUGACUGAUUCAAGUGGCCUGUACAAUGAUCCUGAAAAGGUGGAAAGUUACAAAAGGUUUUACUGGAGUAGUGUAGUUUGGUUACUUCUAGGGGCAAUAACAACGUUUGGUGUGAUAAUGUACUCGUUUUCGCCGAGGGUUUACUUCAAUUUACUCGAGGCGCAGGCCCGCAACCCCGGCGAACUACAGUCGAAAUUAGUGAUGUAUUCAGUCCUAAUUUCAGGCAUAGGCGUUUUAAUCGGAGGCAUUUUCCUGCCACUGAACUUAACGGCGAUUGUCAUUUCACUUGUUAUUGCACUGGUGACGGCGUUCGCCGUAGUCGUGUUUGUGUUUCUGAGAUCCUCCAAGGAUUUAUUCUACUCCUUUUUUGCAAGUCAAAUUAGCUGCUUAGCGCUGGGAAUAGUAGAUUUAAUUGGAACAGUGUCCGUAAAUGAUAAGUUUAUACCCGGAAAUCCCACCUACAGGAUGCUCCUGUUUCACAUCGGGAAACCAAUUGGAUACCUCCUUGUCCUCGCUAUCAUUUUUGUACUAGAAUUUCAGUCUUUCGGACAUUCACUAACUCAUUCACUCGCUCAUUCACUCGCACAUUCACUCGGUGAUAAUCCGAUUGGAGUAAAUUCAAGUGUAGAUAAUUUAAUUGGAGAUAAUUUAAUUGGAGAUAAUUUAAUUGUGAGUAGUUUUCCAGUGGAGUCAAAUGUCUUGAUGACGUAUCAAAUUAUUGUAAUGAAUUUGCUUGCGGUGCCGAUCCUAAUUGUGAUGAUAAAUUACUGUAUGAAGUCUGACGAGAAUCAGAGAAAGUGGCGCUCGACAAACUUAAUAAACGCCGGGAAAACGUUAGCAAAGACUUUAUACACUUACCUAUGCCUCGAGGAAUUUGAUCAUACGUUACUCAUCGUCGAAUGCUCCGAAGGAUUCUUCAAUUCAGCCAUCCGUAUCCUCAUACAAUUUUAUCCAUUUACCCCUAAUUAG